AUGCGCGUGGCUGCCCCUCAGCAGCCUCGCACGAGCUUCCGCAGCUUCCGGCCGCCGGUCAUCCCGCUGCCAGCUGUGCCAGUGAAGUCGGGUAUGAUCGGAAGAGUCGGAAGAGUCGGAAGAGUCGGAAGGCCGCGAGUCGCUCAGAGUUGGUCCGGUGGAUACUUUGUGCUGGUCUCCUCGGCCUACCUCAACUCCAACGGCCGCCAGUCUAGGCCCUGUCGGCCCAGCGCCGGCAGGUGCUGCUCCGCAGGCUUUUCCAGAACAGCGAGACCAUGUCGGCUGAAUUCACGCGGUGGCAGAAGCACAGAUGCGCCCGUCACCGUCACUCCUCUGACUUCAUUCGCCUUCGCAGUGAAGGUUGAAGGCCUGCAGCUGCGGACCGAUCCGGAUUCGGCCAUGGCUUUGUUGCGAGAUCUUUUUGAGAAGCAUUCUGUUCUGGUCUUCAAGUCCGCGUGCUUGACCGAUGACGAGCUCAUCAACUUCGCAAGAGCCUUCGCAGGUCAGUUCCCAGGUGCCGAGCUCGAGGCCAGUGAAGGCCCAGCUGGGGGUCGCACACAGGGAGCCAGCUCGUCGCGUCUCAUUGGUCGGAUUGCAAACUUCAACCUCGAAACAGGCUGCAUCCUGCAUUCGGACAGCGGCCUCAUGAAACUGCGGGCUGGCAAUGGGCUUUGGCAUAUCGACUCUUCCUUCAAGGUGACGCCAGCUUUGGCUUCCUUCAUGCUGGGCAACGUGGUGGUUCCACCAGGAAGCGGUGGAGAGACAGAGUUUGCUUCUUCUCGUGCGGCUUUCGGUGCAUUGGAUGCGGCGGAGCAAGCCGAGCUUUCACGCCUUAUUUGUGUCCAUGACUUCCGGUAUAGCCUGGGCCUGACCGGAUGCUCAGCUCGAUUCCUUCGGCGCCUUCCGCCUGCACGCCAUUUCCUCGUGCGAGAGACACCCGCCGGGAGGUCCCUCUUCGCUGGUCGGCACUGCAGUCACAUCGAGGGCAUGCCUCUGCAGUCCGGGCGCGCGUUGAUCAGGAAGAUCAACAAGCACGUGGCGCAGGAGCAGGCGGCCAUGGAGAAACCCUCAGACCAAGCGACAGAUUUCUUUGGUCAAGGUUGCGGAAGGUCGGAACGAAGUUGCUGCUGGGCUUCGGGGUUGCGGGCCUCUCUUGCGGGACAUGAAGUUGCCGCUCGGCCCCGUCGCCCAGGCUGCCGCUCAGCCCAAAGAGGCAGAGGCUCUCGCCAUGCUUCAAGCUGUGGGCUGGGAGGAGCUUGA